GUGCUGGGAUCCUGGCAAUGGCCAACGCUGGGCCGGACACCAACGGGAGCCAGUUCUUCCUGACGCUGGGCCCGGCGCAGUGGUUGGAUGGCAAGCACAGCAUCUUUGGCAGGGUGUGCCAGGGCAUGGGCGUGCUGGGCCGCCUGGCCAUGGUGGAGACCAACGCUCAGGAUCGUCCCCUCGACGAUGUCAAGGUCAUCAAGGCCUACCCCUCGGGUUAA